AUGGCGGACGCUCUUUCCAUCGAGCAGAACAAUAAAAUCCGAGUCGCCUUGGGACUCAAGCCGCUCCCCGUUCCCGGAGCUGAACCCGACGACGCCACUGGCCCGCAGUUCAAGGACGACGCGAGCGAAGCGGACUCUAACGAAGAACCCGCAAGCACGGUCGAGACCCGACAAGCGGCAGGCUACGACAACUGGAAGAAACUCCAAGAUGAUACCGAAGCCAAGCGGAAACGGGAGGAGAAGAACGCGGCUAUCAAGAGGGCGCGUGACAUUGCUCAGAGAAAUCUGAAGCUACAGGGCGCCACCCUUGGAGAGGCCGAUGGCGCAGCUCUGGAUACCAAGGCCUGGCUGAUGCAGUCCAAGAAGCGCUCUAAGAAAAUCGAGAAGGAGCGGGCGCGCAAACUCGCCGAGGAAUUAGAGGAGCGCGAGCGCGCUGCGGCUACUGAGUACACUGCCGAAGACCUGGCCGGUAUCAAGGUCGGACACGCUAUCGGUGAUUUUGAGGGAGGCGAGGAUCACAUUCUGACGUUGAAGGAUGCGGCUGUGGAUGACGAGGAAGAGGGCGAUGAGCUUGAGGAUAUCAAUCUCGUGGAGAAGGACAAGGCUACAGAGAAACUUGAGCUCAAAAAGCGCAAGCCCGUUUACGAUCCUACAGCCGAGAAUCAAGGAAUUCUCGCUCAAUACGACGAAGAGAUUGACGGCAAGAAGCGGAAACGAUUCACACUUGAUGCGAAAGGUUCGACCGAGGAGGAACGCCAAGCCAAGCGUCAAGAGGUCUCGGCGGGCUUGAAGAAGGGCGUAUUCAGUCUUGACUUGGAGCCCGAGAUUCAGACAUCCGAUUACAUGGACAUCAGCGAAGUCAAGAUUAAAAAGCCCAAAAAGAAGAAGAACAAGGCGACGAAACAACGAGCCGUGAUGGACGACGAGGGUCUUUUACCUGACACUGAAUCGACGAAUACACCGAACGGAGCGUCUAUGGAUAUUGAUUCUACGAAUGGAGCGCCAGUCACAAUUGCCCGGAAGCCCAUCAACGAAAAUGUCUCCUUUGCAGAUGAUGACGACCUUCAAGCGUCACUUGCACUCCAGCGACGUGCUGCAUUCAGGAAGCGCAAGAAGAUGCGCCCAGAGGAUCUUGCUCGCCAACUCCGUGAAGAGGACUCUCAAACACCAAUGGAAACCGACACAGCAGAGGGUACAGAGGAACCCGGUCUCGUCAUUGAUGAGACUUCAGAGUUUGUCUCAAAUCUACAAAAGCCCACUCUUCCCGAGCGGGAGGAGCGACGAACCGCGACACCUGCUGCCGAGGCCGCUGUCAAACCAGAGCCCCAAGCGGAGCUCGAGGACGUGGACAUGGAGCGGAGCUACAACGAUAUUGAGGAUGACGAAGACCUUGAAGAACGCUUAAAGCGCGAGGAACCCAGCCAGGCUCAGCAGGAGCUUACGGGCACUGGCUUGGAGGAAGAAUCUACAUUGGACCAGGGCCUGGGCGCUACACUGUCCAUGCUACGGCAGCGCGGUCUAGUCAAGGAGACCGACAGCAGCAGCUCAAACGCCCUACUCCGCGAUCGCCAGCGCUUCCUACAAGACAGACUCAACCGUGAAGCCGAAGCCGAGCGCCGCGCCCGUACGCAGCGCGAGCGCGACCGUGCCUCCGGCAAACUAGAUCGGAUGUCCGCACGCGAGCGCGAAGAGUACGCACGCUGGGAGAACAAACAACGCGAUCAGCAAGAAGCUCGACAGAUGGCAGAGAUCUUCAACCGCGAGUACAAGCCCGACGUGCAGCUCAAGUAUACGGAUGAGUACGGACGCUCGAUGAACCAGAAGGAGGCGUUUAAGCAUCUUAGUCACCAGUUCCACGGCAAGGGUAGCGGCAAGAUGAAGACAGAGAAAUUGUUGAAGAAGAUUGAAGAGGAGAAGAAGCGGGAGGCGAUGUCUGCGCUGGAUAGUAGCCAGCAUACGGGCAUGAAUAAUGCGAUGGGGCAGCAGGCGCGCAAGAAUCGGCAGGCUGGUGUGCGGUUGGGUUGA